AUGGAGAAGGCUUCGCGGCGACCAAUGGGAGGGCUUACAGUCGUAAUGCCAACUGUGUGGGCGGGGCGAGUGAUAUCUAGCAUUGGAAUGUUCGUUGUAUUUGUUUUGCCAGAUCCGAAGGCUUUAUUGCAUGGGAAAAAACGAAGGCAACGAUCUAUGCAGAUCUGGAGUGCUCUCGGCACAUCAGAUGGCACCGGCGGGCAGCCUCCGCAGACAAUCGAACGGUGGGGGAGCCCCCUACUGGAGGUCGGGGAACCACCACAGAUUACAUGCGCGAUGAUUGUAGCUGAAGACGUAGAACUAGGUUGA